AUGCGCUACAUACCGUACAACAGGCGCACCUUGACCUCCAUGCGGUGCGUCUCGCGACCGUUUCGCAGCGCUGUACAGAGCCCGCACAGCCCAUGGGCACAACACAAGGAAAUCAUGGUCUCCCGCUACGGCCAGUGCAUCAUCUUCAACGCCCAGGAGAACGAGGAGGGACACAGCAACUUCUCCUUGUACUCCAUUUCCUCUAUUGGUCGCAAGUUCCGCACCCACAGCGCCAAGCUGCUGGGCCGCUAUCACGCCCUCGUCGCCAAUGGGCUGUCGCGCCUCGUGUUGCAUCACGCUCCGGUGGAGAACUCUUUCUUCGAACCGCUUGGCGCGUUGACAAACUUGAGGGAACUGGAGCUGGUCUCGUGCCGCGGGGUCACGUCCGUCGGGGGCGCCAGUCGCAUUAAAGGCCUAGAGUCCUUAACGGUCGUCUUUUGCCCUGUGGAGUCGGAUGGAGUCACGGGGCUGCGUCUCUCAAAACUCAAAAAAUUGACACUGCGGUCCUGCAGCAAGCUCUCCAACCUGAACGCUAUUCACUCUGAGACGUGUGCCUCAUUGGUGGACGUGCACGUUGAGAGCUGUGGCGUGUACGAUGACACGUCUUCCGCCUUCUUUGGCUACCUCAGCGCCAACCUGCGCACUCUCAAUCUCACCUCCACCUUCAUUGACACCGCCCUCACGCACAUUCCCACAGCGGCGCUAGAGUCACUGACAUCGUUGCUCGUGCCUGAGACGCCAUUCCACUCGUCAACCUUAAACUCACUGAAGGUAUCGUUGGCUAAGAAGCUGGAGCACUUGUCACUGGAAGGCUGUGAGGAAAUCACCGAACUCUCUGCUCUCGGAAGCCUAACGAAGCUCCGAUUCCUUGAUGUGUCGCGCCUGAGUGUGCUGCAGGACAUCGAGUGCGUUGCGCAGUGCACGGAGCUGGAGAUGUUCCGCUGCGCCGGGACCGACCUCAACAGUAUCGCGUUUCUCAAAAAUAUGAGGCACCUGCGCGUGCUCGACGCGACAAACACGGCGCUCACGGAUUACACGUUGAUCCACCUGGAGGAGUCCCCCGAGCUGGACACAGUAGUGCUGACUGGGUGUCUAUACAUCUCCAGCAUCAACGCCUUCCACCAGUGCCCCAAAAUACGACGCAUCUUGUGCGGGCGCACGGCCGUCACCAACGAGGGCGUGGAGAUGCUGACGGAGUGCGCCGCGCUGGAGGAGCUUGACCUGAAGAUGACGAACGUGACAGACGUGAAUCGGCUCGCCGACUGCCCUUUUCUCAAGGCCAUCAACGUUUGCGGGUCAAUCAUGAUGCAGGACGCGAUUCAGAGAUUACUGGAUAAGUCGUCCGUGGAGGUAAUCUGCGAUUCCUUUGAGGAGAAUGAUUAUAUGGACUGCUAG